AUGCCUGGAGCAAGAGAGUUUAUGCAGUCCUCGACUUGCCAUAAGAAAUUCUUUAGUUUUUUAAUAUGGAGAUCUUACUGCCAGCAUGUCGCAUCUGGUAUUCAAGGAUACAACACGAGCUUCAAUCCAACCAGAAGAGCUUUAGAUAGAGCAGACAAUGAAUUUGAACUGAUCGGACUCAAAGCCUCUUUCCAUGGGUCGGCCCUCAAAUUGGAAGACGCUCCAAAACUUAAAUUACCUGAGGUGAUGUCUCGCGUAACGUUCCAUGUACACUCGAUCAGAUCUUCUUAUUUAUUUAGGCCACCAACCAAUCAUAUUGCUACUAACACCUUGCAACAGCUGUUCAUUAAAGAAAAAAUUAUAAGUAAAUAUCUUAGUCUGUAAUCUUGGAAAGCGGGGAAUUGAGUCUUUUCUUUGUGGCUAGGGUUGAGGAGGGAGGGGGGGGGGGCAGGGGAAGAAGAUGAAAUCGAUGAUUGCCAAUCCAUUCCAAAUCUUAGUAGGAAAUAGUGGAACCAUUUUGUUGAAAUAAUCUAACUUAUUUUACAACUAGUAUAUAAAUAACUCUUGUUUUAUUUCAUGUGCCAACAGGUUGCUUUUAUUGGAAGAACAAGUGUUGGUAAAUCAUCUCUUAUAAAUGCAAUCUUGAACAGGAAAAAGCUUGUGAAGACAUCAAAGAAGCCAGUAUGUCUUUUUAAACCUACCUAUAUAUUAACUGUCUGUUUUCUGAGGGUGUAGGCAUGAGUAUUGAUUCAGCAUCUACAAAAGUAAGGGAACAAUUCCACACCCUACCUUUAGUAGGUAUUGCUAGCUGCUAAUUAAAGAGGUCUAAAUACUGUAAUGCUUGUUGGCUUUUUCUGCAAUGCUUACCUCCACUUCUGUUUCCCUACCAAUUUUGGAAGGAGAAUCCAUGCCAUGGUGUGCUUUAAUAAGUCAAUGUACAAUGGGACAAGGAACCCAAUGUUCUGCUUGUGUUUUUACUUCAUUCCUGUCAUUCAUAGAUCUUCCAACUAUAUCUAGAGAAAAAAUACAGACUCAAAACAAAUUAUUUGAACAGCUGUUCAUUGUUUUGAGCCAACUAAUUUCAAGUGGCUGUUACACUUUGAGGAGAUCUUUUUUUUGCUAUUACUUCUGUUUUAAACUGUAAAUCUCUCUAUUUUCAGGGACACACAAGGCUUGUUAACUUUUUCAACAUCAAUUCAAAAAUGUACCUAGUGGAUCUUCCUGGCUAUGGAUAUGUGGAGGGUCUUGGAAGCAAGCGAGGAACUGAACACUUUGUCAAAGUUGCAGAGACUUACCUGAGAGAACGAGCUGGAAAAGAGUAAGUUAAAUGAGAUCAUUAGCAUGUAAUAUCAACUGUUGAGAAUCAAUGGUUCUUGGGGUGUACUGCUCUUGACCUCUGUAAACUUUGUAAGAGCAAUGUGUGUUUAACAACUCAUCAAAAGCGGGUGAAAAAGGAACAUUCAGAUUUUAUUAACCAUUUAAACCCUUAGAGUGACCAGCAUCUAGUUUCUCCCUACAAUAGUACUACUGAAUCAUUCAUUUAAGAUCAUGAGAAUAAAGAAAAUGAUCACCAACUAUAGGAGCUCUUGAUUGUUAAACAAAUUCUCCUCGACAACACCUUAGGAAAUGUAUAGAGAACAGUAUGGAGAAUAUGCAUACUGAUGUUAGGGUGUAAAGGGUUGAGAUAAUUCAAACAAUGAUUUGUUUCCAAUUUCAAAGCUUGAUAUUAGUCUAUCUUCUAAGGUGGACUCUCUGUUGAGCUUGGUCAUUGCUUUCUAAUUGUAUAAAUGUCCAGGUUAAAAUUGUCCUGUGCAGAUAGCUAUUAGUCUAUCUGCGUAGCUAGAAAUUAGUCUAUCUUUUAAGGUGGACUCUCUGUUGGGCUUGGUCAUUGCUUUCUGAUUGUAUAAAUGUCCAGGUUAAAAUUGUCCUGUGCAGAUAGCUAUUAGUCUAUCUGCGUAGCUAGAUAUUAGUCUAUCUUUUAAGGUGGACUCUCUGUUGAGCUUGGUCAUUGCUUUCUAAUUGUGUAAAUGUCCAGGUUAAAAUUGUCCUGUGCAGAGAUAGAAUAGGAAAAAAGUUUAAUUUUGAGUAUAACAAUGAUUUUAAACAUCUGUUACUGACAGAAAAAAACAGGUUUUCUUGUAGGGAUUUGAUCUUCUGGCUUCCUGGAUGAUUUUGUGGUCAAUGCAUAGAUACACAGAACAACUUACCCCUUUAGGUCCCAUAAGUGAUGGACAUUUUACUUCUCCCUAUAAUAUCCAUAGAUUAUCAAGCACACAGGUAAUGAGAAUACUCAAACCUAUCAGAUGAAAGUUAUGUUGAUCCAACACCAUAUUGUAAUAACUAAUUUAUUGGGAAAUGUGUUGCAGCUAGAGGGGAGAAUUAACAAUCAGAUCUUGGGAGUUAAAGGGUUAAACUUUAAGAUAUAGGUGAAAUAAAUCCAGCCCUCUGGUAAAUUGCAAUUUUAUUUUCAGGUUAAGAAGCGUUUGUCUUCUGAUUGAUGGGAAAGUUGGGGUGAAAAAAAGUGAUCUCAUAGCAUUUGAAAUGAUGGGAGAGUUUGGUGGUCCUUUUCAAGUAAGUUAGCUCACUGCUGUUUAUGUAAUAGAUUCAACAAUGGACCAAAGAUUAUUUUGAUUGACAGCCAAACAUUUAAAGAAUAAGGGCAUGGCCAAUGAUAUUUACAGUUGUGGGAAAUGGUAGUUUGUUUUAUAUAGUGUGUCAUAUUUUUAGAUUUUCAUAGCUCUUGUAACAUUGUUGUUUAGGUGAUUUUGACAAAAAUGGACAAGCUUCCCAAGCCAAGACACCAGGCAGUGAUUGAAGAAGUCUACAAAAUCAAAGAAAAGUUUUCACUAGACAAUUGCUUUCCUCAUGUAUUUGCUGUAAGGUGAGAUGACAUAUGAAAAAAGACAAUUACUGCAGUGGUAAGAUGUUGGAAGGUUGUGCUGUUGCCUUUAGAGUUUAAGUAGGAGUCAUCAGUAGAUGAGCUACAAGAGGCAAAUCUGCUUUUUAUUUUUUUGGUUCUGCUGUCUUCAUUUUCAUGAAACUCAUGCAACAGAACAGUAAUGAAAACAAAUGAUUAUGUCAUAGGCAAGUAGGUUGACUUGGUUUACCACUCUCUUAUGAAAGUCUGUUUGUGGGAUUAAAGUGUUUUUGCAGAAAAAAAGUUUUUUUUAAUAGAGUGGAAAUCUUUUUGCAGACAAUCUAGAUUUCUGAGACCAGAGCCAUCGAGCAUCCACCACCUCUUUUGAGAGCUCAUUUUUACAAGUAGGCAACCAGUCAUUUGCAGACACAACUCCAUAGAUCGGGGGAGUGAAUUAACCCUUCAAAUCCUAAGAGUAACCAGCAUCUACUUUCUCCUUACAGUGACACAGCUGAAUUGUUUAUUUUGAUCAUGAGAAUAAAGGAAAUGAUCUGCAACCUAAGAAGCUUGGCUUGCGACAUGAAUUAUCCUUCGCAAUUAAAGGAAAUUUAAGAGAGGAGUAUGGAGAAUUUAGAUACUGAAGUUAAGGUGUAGAAGGUUAACAACUUCCAAUUUAUUUUUCAGUUCUACAGAAAUGACAGGAUUAUCAGAAUUGAGAUAUUUCAUCAGUCUAAAUGUGGGCUUAAAAAAUAGCGAAAAUUGGUGAACAAAACCAAGCAAACGAAUGGAGGACUAUCAGAUGUACCUGUCAGAGGAGCAAUCUUCUAUUCAUGAAGUUAUUGUAUCGAAGAAGUGCGUCAUCCAUAGAGACAUAAUAAAAUAGGGCUUAAUGAGGAUUAAAGCAGAGCCACCACAUGCUCUUGGGUUACAAUGAGGAAAAGUAAAAGGAAGCAGCGCAUUGAAAUAUUUGUACGCCAGUGGAUGAAUAAUUUAGGGAUGAACAAAAGGAAUAAUCUUAAAAGGGGUAAUAAUCUUAAAAGGGGUAUCCCGUUUAGUGUAGCUUGCAGAACAUGUGCCA